AUGAUGUCUACCCAUACAUCCGCAGGUCCACCGAACAAGUCCGGUGUUCCUCACGAAAUCCGUACAUCAGCGGAGCCCCGCCAAAACGCGUUAUACCCGGUGCGGCUGUCACAUAUCGAGCUCGUUAAUCCAACCAUUCGACUUCUCAGAUUCACCGUUCCACCGGAAAAUAUCGAUAAUUCAAACAAUCAUGGCUCUAUCCCUUCAAUCCCAUCGAAAUUGUUUACUUUCCUUCCCGGCCAGUGGCUAGACGUGCAUAUCCCUACGCUUCGUGAUGCUGGAGGCUUCACGAUAACAUCUACUCCGCGGGAGGCAAGCCCCGAAUCCUCGAGCGAGCCGUAUAUCGAGCUCGCUGUGCAAGCCUCCCCGUCCAACCCCGCAGCGGCAUGGCUGUGGCGGCCUGAAAACGAGGUUCUUGGCGCUGAGGUGCAAGUAAGAGUGGGCGGGUCAUUCAUCUGGCCGCCUCCCACGGCGGAGAGCGGGAUUCCGCUCGCGGAGAUUCGCAAAAUUAUCUUUGUGGCAGGCGGAGUGGGUAUCAACCCUCUCAUGUCCAUGAUCUCGCACAUCCAUAAUACCCGCUCGGGCCUACACCCGUCCACAGAGGUUCACCUUCUCUAUGCUACCAGAAUCCCUUCAGCAUCAACGCUUUCGUCAAACUCAGGCACAUCAAAGGCUCAGAAUCUGCUCAACCAGAUCCUCUUCCUUCCACGUCUCAGAGAGAUAGUUCAUGUAGAGCAAAAGCAACAACAGGAGCAGAAAACAGGCGUUUGUUUCCAACCCCUUGAUGUGAGAUUGUAUCUCACAAACCUUUCUUCCCACAGAGGCACCAGUGCCGGCGAAUUAGAGGCCGAGUUGCGUGGUGACAUAUCAGUUUAUAAUCGCCGCAUCAUAGCGGCUGAUUUGCAGGAUCUUAUUGGUAGCAAUAGAGUUGAGCGUGCGAAAACUAUAUGCAACGUAUGCGGGCCGCCACGAAUGACGGAUGAGUUCGUCGAGGUUCUAAAAGAGAUCGUAGGAGACAGAAGAGUGUUCUAUGAGAAGUGGUGGUGA